CGAGGGCAGCCGCGCUCUAGGACCGGGGAGGAAGAGCUGCGGGAGACGGUGCCUCCAGCGGGUGCUGCCGCGAGCGGCCGGCCGACGGCUGGAAAUGAAAGUACAGCGCUCCGGAGCCACAUGGACGGAGCUGCCGGGGCGGCGGCGCCGGGAGCAGGAUGCGGCCGCCCGUAAUUAAAUAGCAUUUACUCUUAUUAUUACUAAUAAUAAUAACGUAAUCAUACCUCUAGUCAUAGCAUACCAUUUAUCGGGCUCGGCGCAGGCCCGCGGGGAGCGCAGCCCGGCCGAGAGACUGAUGGAGAGACAGAGACGGAAGGCGGACAUCGAGAAGGGGCUGCAGUUCAUUCAGUCGACACUACCCCUAAAGCAAGAAGAAUAUGAGGCCUUUCUGCUCAAGCUGGUACAGAACCUGUUUGCUGAGGGCAAUGACCUGUUUCGGGAGAAGGACUAUAAGCAGGCCCUGGUGCAGUACAUGGAGGGGCUGAACGUGGCCGACUACGCUGCCUCCGACCAGGUGGCUCUACCCCAGGAGCUGCUGUGCAAGCUGCAUGUCAACCGGGCUGCCUGCUACUUCACCAUGGGCCUGUAUGAGAAGGCGCUGGAGGACAGCGAGAAAGCGCUAGGCCUGGACGGCGAGAACAUUCGGGCGCUGUUCCGCAAGGCGCGUGCCCUCAGUGAGCUGGGGCGGCACAAGGAGGCCUACGAGUGCAGCAGCCGGUGCUCCCUCGCCCGGCCCCAUGAUGAAAGCAUAACUCAGCUUGGUCAGGAGCUGGCUCAGAAGCUUGGGCUUCGAGUUCGGAAAGCAUAUAAGAGGCCCCAGGAAUUGGAAACGUUUUCUCUGCUCAGUAAUGGCACUGUGGCUGGCAUGGCAGACCAGGGAACUUCCAAUGGAUUGGGGUCCAUAGAUGACAUCGAAACAGAUUGCUACGUGGACCUGCGAGGCUCCCCUGCCCCGCUCCCCUCUGCCCCCACAAUGCCCCUGUUCCCUCACGUUCUGGACCUGCUGGCCCCCCUGGACAGCAGCAGGGCCCUGCCUGGCACUGAGAGCCUGGACGACUUCUCUGAUGGGGAUGUCUUCGGGCCGGAGCUGGACACCCUGCUGGACUCACUGUCCCUGGUCCAGGGUGGCCUGCCUGGCAGCGGUGUGCCCAGCGAGUUGCCCCAGCUGAUACCCGUGUUCCCCGGUGGGACCCCACUGCUGCCACCUGUAGUGGGCGGCACCAUCCCCGUCUCCAGCCCACUGCCCCCUGCCUCUUUUGGUCUCGUCAUGGACCCCUCCAAGAAGCUGGCCGCCUCCGUGCUGGAUGCCCUCGACCCCCCAGGCUCCACACUGGACUCCCUCGACCUGCUGCCAUACUCGGAUACCCGGUUGGAUGCCCUUGACAGCUUUGGGUCGACCCGCAACUCCCUGGACAAACCCAACUCCUUUGUGGAGGAAACCAACUCACAGGACCAUCGUCCCCCAAGUGGUACUCAGAAACCAGCCCCCUCGCCAGAGCCCUCCAUGCCCAACACCGCCUUGCUCAUCAAGAACCCCUUGGCUGCCACCCAUGAGUUCAAGCAAGCCUGCCAGCUCUGCUACCCCAAAACAGGGCCCAGGGCAGGAGACUAUACCUACCGCGAGGGCCUUGAACACAAAUGCAAGCGGGACAUCCUGCUGGGCCGGCUCCGGAGCUCUGAAGACCAGACCUGGAAGCGUAUCCGGCCCCGGCCCACCAAGACCAGCUUUGUGGGCUCUUACUACCUGUGCAAAGACAUGAUUAACAAGCAGGACUGUAAGUACGGGGAUAACUGCACCUUCGCCUACCAUCAGGAGGAGAUCGACGUGUGGACAGAGGAGCGGAAAGGCACCCUCAACCGCGACCUGCUCUUUGACCCACUGGGGGGCGUCAAGCGCGGCAGCCUCACCAUCGCCAAGCUCCUUAAGGAGCACCAGGGCAUCUUCACCUUCCUCUGUGAGAUCUGCUUCGACAGUAAACCCCGGAUCAUCAGCAAAGGCACCAAGGACUCUCCGUCUGUCUGCUCCAACCUGGCUGCCAAGCACAGCUUCUAUAACAACAAGUGCCUGGUGCACAUCGUCCGCUCCACCUCCCUCAAGUAUUCCAAGAUCCGCCAGUUCCAGGAGCAUUUCCAGUUCGACGUGUGCCGCCACGAGGUGCGCUAUGGCUGCCUGCGGGAAGACAGCUGCCACUUUGCCCACAGCUUCAUCGAGCUCAAAGUGUGGCUGCUGCAGCAGUACUCAGGCAUGACCCACGAAGACAUCGUCCAGGAAUCCAAGAAGUACUGGCAGCAGAUGGAGGCCCAUGCAGGGAAGGCCAGCAGCAGCUUGGGCGCCCCUCGGACACAUGGGCCCAGCACCUUCGACCUGCAGAUGAAGUUUGUGUGUGGCCAGUGCUGGAGGAAUGGGCAGGUGGUAGAGCCUGACAAAGAUCUCAAGUACUGUAGCGCCAAGGCCCGGCACUGUUGGACCAAGGAGCGGCGGGUCCUUCUGGUGAUGUCAAAGGCCAAGAGGAAAUGGGUGUCGGUGAGGCCACUGCCAUCCAUUCGCAACUUCCCACAGCAAUACGAUCUCUGCAUCCAUGCGCAGAAUGGCCGCAAGUGCCAGUACGUGGGGAACUGCUCCUUUGCACACAGCCCAGAGGAGAGGGACAUGUGGACAUUCAUGAAGGAGAAUAAGAUCCUGGACAUGCAGCAGACCUAUGACAUGUGGUUGAAGAAACACAACCCAGGGAAGCCAGGGGAAGGGACCCCGAUCAGUUCUCGGGAAGGGGAGAAGCAGAUCCAGAUGCCCACGGACUACGCCGACAUCAUGAUGGGCUACCACUGCUGGCUCUGCGGCAAAAACAGCAACAGUAAGAAGCAGUGGCAGCAGCACAUCCAGUCCGAGAAGCACAAAGAGAAGGUCUUCACUUCCGACAGCGACGCCAGUGGCUGGGCCUACCGCUUCCCCAUGGGCGAGUUCCGGCUCUGCGACAGGCUCCAGAAGGGCAAGGCCUGCCCAGAUGGGGACAAGUGCCGCUGCGCUCACGGGCAGGAGGAGCUCACCGAGUGGCUGGACCGGCGCGAGGUGCUGAAGCAGAAGCUGGCCAAGGCCCGCAAGGAUAUGCUUCUGUGCCCCCGGGAUGACGACUUUGGCAAAUACAACUUCCUGCUGCAAGAGGACGGGAACACUGCCGGUGCCGCUCCAGAAGCCCCUGUUGCCGCUGCUGUCACUGGGGAGUAGGGCCUGCUCUGGGCCUCGGGUGAAGUCCUAGGGUCAGGGGCGGGGGUGGGGACAGAGGGCCUGAUAGGAGGGCCAGGGCAGGGGUGGGGGGCCGCCCUCCUCAGGCAGCCCCUAGCCCCUUCCGGGGCCCCCUCCAUCCUCUCUGCCCCCACCACCUGUUGCAGACCCAGGGCCACAUGCUGCAGCCCUAAGCGGUCCCAGGGUCCUCAUCCUGCCAGAACCCCAGGCAGAUGCCCCCACCCCCUGGGCUCCCCUGGUUGGGGAGGGAGGGGCCUGGCCCACCCCUCCAGCCUCAGCCUACAGCUUUAACUUCUGUCUGCUCCUAAAGGGGGCCCAAAGCUCAGGGCUGGGGAGCCUGGGGUCCCCACUUGAAUCUGCAGCAGGAGGGUCCUCCCUGCCCUACCCUCACCCCAUCCCCACCUCCCCUGGGGGCAGAUCAGGACACCACAGAGGGCUGGAGGCCCCAAUUAGCUUUAAAUGCCACCCCAGGAUGGAGCCAGGAACACAAUAUUGGUCGCUUGCCCUCCAGGGCCUCAGUUUCCCCUCUGGUUGGAAGAGUGGGUGGGGCUGGGCUAGAUGAUCUCUGGAGCCUUUCCAGCCAGGCCACCGGCCCGACCCUCCUCUUCGUGGGCCACUGAAUGUAGACUAGGUCCUCAGAGUCCCUGGAGAUGAUUCGGCCCAGACCCCCUCAUUGCAGAGAGGGAGACAAAGGCUGGGCAGGGAUGGGUGACCUGCCCAGGGUCUCCAGGCCACGGAACGAGGUAGAGCCAGGAGAGGGCCAGUUGUCUGCUGGAGCCUCCAGGCUCUUGGCAGGGACAGGACCGUCUCUGAAUCAGUGUGCCAUGGGUGUCCCAGGCAGUGCCACCUCUGGGCUGAGGAAGGGAGGUCAUGUCCGCACUCUGCAGAGGGACCGUCCCCUCCUGAGUAUGGUUGUGGGGAGUGUGGCAGCAUGACGCCCACUUGGGCCGUGGUAAUGGGCAGGGUGCCCGUGGGCUCAGCUUCCACGUGAUGUACUGGGAGGAAGGGGAGGGGUGGGGUCAGGAAUGUGGAGAGAAGGGAGGUGACACUGGGCAGCAGGGGCCAGUUGGGGAUCAUACCCAGCCCCUUUUUCCUGGGGACCCAGCAUGGCCCUCUCCCCCUUCUCCUCAGACCUAGACAUACAGUUGCGUCCUAGCCCUCCCUGAUUCCUGGCCUUGCCGGCUGCCUGGGACCCCAGCUGACCCCCAGCCCCUGCCCCCAGCCACCAAGCCCUGUCCCAUCCCUGUCCCCACCCUCUCGUCUGCCCGUCUGCGUGUACCCCCUCCUCUCCAUCCCACCCCCCGACCCAUGGGCAGACCCAGCCUCCCCCAGUUCCUGAGACAUUCCAGAAUGUCCCACACUGUGGGCCCUCCCCCCGGGAGGAACCGGGGGCCACAGCUGGAGUCAGGGGUGGGGGUGAGACGGAGAGAAUGGAAUCCCCCUCAUUUCUCCUCAAGCAAGGAUCGAUAGCGAGCAAUGAUGUGAUUAUGGGCACCCCGGGCGCAGAGAACGUUGUUCCUCUUGCUGUCACUGCCCAGCCCUCCCCAGUAACCGUGGCAUGCACCCUUCCCUCUCCCUGUACCCCCCCUCGCCCCUGCCCCCAGCAGGCCAGCACCACAGAAUCCCUCCCGGCGCUGGUGGCAUGACUGGAGGGGAGGAGAGACCACACGCAAGGUGGGGGCCAUGGCUGUGAAUGUCGAUGACACUUGUUUUCCCUGAUCCGUGAUGUUGCAGUCUGUCGUCACCAGCCUCGUUUUUAGUGUGUAUAUAUGUCGCCCCCGUGAUGCAUAUAUACACAGGUAUUAAAUAUAUCGCUCUAUAUAAUAUUAUAUAUGUGUGUGGUAUCCAAGGAAUCACUUCUAAUGAGGGCUAAAGAUAAAGAAUUUGGCCAGAAAAUGCAGCCAUCCUGGUGUAAUUAAGAGGGAUUUUUCAGAUUUGGGGGCCUUGGAGCCAUGGGUUGGAGGUGGUUUGGCAGCAGGGGCAAGAGUGGCCCUGCCCAGGCCCAGUUUCCAGACCACUCCAGCCUUGCUGGGAGAGAGCAGUGGUGCUCCAGCCAAGAAAAUGAUUGGUGUGUGUCUCCCGCCCCAGAGAAUAGGAUCAGAGUCUAUCUAGAUUUUUCUUUUUCAACCUGUUCUCCAUCCAGGAGCCCUUGGGAUCUGGGGCUCCCCAGCCUGGCUAGAGCUGGAUUCUCCCCCCAGGGUUGGGAAGAGAGCAAAGAGGCAGGGGGCGGAGGAGCAGGAGUACACUUUGAAUGUUGAGGGUGAUCAUUUCAGUGGUGACCCCAACUGGGAGGCUUGGAGAGUUGACUCAGGGGCCUGUGCCCACUGCCAGCAGGCAGAGACAAGACUUCGGACAGGUGCCCCCGAUGUGAGUGUCCCUUUUGGGGAAGGGGAAGGAGGGAUGCUGCAUUUCUCAGCUGGGCAGUAAUCAAUUUAAUGGUCCUUUUAAAAUGUCUGUGUAUUAAAAAUUUAAGAAUACCACACUUUAAUAUUAAAUAUUCAUAAGGUCUAGUAUCUUGAUAAUAAUGUAGAUGUUUUAAUAACAAUUUUUGUCCUUCUUAAAAUAAAAUGAAAGAAACUUGA